AUGUCUUCGGUCCAUGGAAAACUGCGGGUCGGAGACUUCAGUCAGUUCCAGAUGUAUCAUGAGGGACAUCUGGAUAGAAGCAGCGUGACGCAUUCAGAUUACGGUGCCAGUGGCAUGGUAAACUUCAACUGUAGGCCUGCAAACUCUACUGGGCCAAGAGCGGACAGUAUGGCUUUGCUGACCCAUCGGAGAAAGAGAACCAACUUCACACAACCGCAGAUUGAGGUGCUUGAGAAGGUUUAUUCGGACACCCAAUACCCUGACAUCUACCUUCGCGAGAGACUGGAAACCCUUACUGGGCUUCCGGAGUCCAGGAUUCAGGUAUGGUUCCAGAACCGGCGCGCAAAGUCCCGUCGCCAAGUUGGAACAAGUGUAAAGUUCAGUGGCGCCGUUUCCAAGGCUCCAUCGGCGCUUCAGAAUAGAAUGCCCCAACAAGAGAUGCAGAGAUUGCCUAACUUCUCACAGGGGGACAACUUCCGACAUCCACUCCAUAUCGGGACCGAGGAGGCUCACACUGCUACCCUUCCGGCGAAAACGGGAAGCUACGAACACAUCACAAUCCCAUCUGUCUACGACGCAGCCAUUGAAGGAAACAGGUGUAGGCCUAUGGUCGAUCAACAGGACGAGCUUGGUCUGACAGGCCCAUGCACUAAUGUUCAUUCUUAUCUCAAAGAAAAAGGACAGUAUCUCACUGCUCUAAAUAGCAGCGUGGGCCCAAAACAUGUUCUAGUUGAGUAUGACAACUUCCCACCGAACAAGACCAUUGGGCCCGAGAUGAAGGUGGUAAUCCCCCCUAUUCCAUCACAGAACAACUUCAACAGGUCUUCGCCAAUUCAUGCUGCUUGUCAGGUCCAGCAGCUUCAGGUCAAGACAAGGCCUAACUUCGAUCAGUUCUCUCCAGACCGUGCGAACAUUGCGCAAGAAUUCUCUGAUUCGGAUUCCGAUUGGGAAAACAGCACUAUGGCCGGCUUUGGAGACUUUAUUUGAAUAUUUUGUAAAUGUUUGCCAAUUUAGUUAGUUUUUUUACU